UUAAAUGACAAAUAUCUCAUAGUUACUCUUAGUCUUUAAAGUAUAGUAGUGAAAUGUAUUUUAAUAUCAUUAGUUGAAAUGUAAAACAAAUAAUUUUUAUUUUCAAUAUUGUUAAAAUAUCAACGUAUCCAAUAAAUAUAUACGUAAUAAUAAAAGUUUAAUAGAUAUGAAUAAUAAUAAUAGAAAUGAUGGAUUAUUAUGUGGUUUCACUACAGCUAGUGGUAGCUCGAUUAAUAUAACCGAGAAAGCUUUAUUAAAAGCAAAAAAAUUUUUCAAUAAAGAACUUGAAGAAAUUGACAAUUAUGAAGAAACAUUCAAAAAUGAAAAUGAUAUUAAUGUAUCUAAUGUACAAUCAAAUGUUGGAUUUCAAACUGCAAAUGGUCGAAAUAUUAAUGUGACCAAUGAAGCAUUAUUAAAAGCCCAAAUAUUAUUUCAAGAAGAAAUUUUCGAAAAUCUUGAAAAUACUUUUACUUUUCCCAAAUCAUUACAGAAACGAAAAAUUAAAGAUUUAGAUGAAAAUAUACCUCUAAAUAAGCAAGUAAAAUCUAAUCAAUUUAAAAAAUUACGAUUUAGUAAUGAACUCCAAAAUUCGAAAGUUAUUUAUAAGAAUACAAUAAAUAUUGAAGAGGAAACUCAAAAUACAUCUUCAAAAAUAAUUUCAAAUUAUAAUAACAAUAAAUUAAUUGACAAUAUUGAUAUAAUUGAAUCAACAAGAAAAAAUAAUGAAAUAUUAAAUAAUUCUUUCAUUUCAAAUGAAAUUGCAGCUAGUGCAGUUGCACUUUUAGCUGAUGAAAAAGAUUUAGAUUUUUCAGAAGCAUGGAAAUCUCCUAAAGAAAUAAAAAAUAAUGAAAAAUUUAUAAAUGUUCCAUCUAGUCCUGUAAUAGGAGGACGAUUUAUUUCUAAAAAACGAAAAAAUACAAAUAAAAGAAAAAGUAUACAUAAAGUAGACAAAUCUAUUUAUAUAAAUGAUUUAGAAAAAUUAAAUGAUACUUGUACAAAUUUAAAUCAAUGUAUAAAUGAAGAAAAUAAAUAUUCAAUAGAAAACGAAAAAUUAAUAAAUAUAGAAAACAAAACUAAAUCUACAAUUAAUAUAUAUAUGAAUAAUGAUUUUGGUGAUACUCAAUUAAUGAUAGAUUUUAUAAAUCAAUCUGUAACUAUAUUAGAGAAACGUUUAGAAGCUGCUUCAAAACAAGAUAAUGAAAUUAGUUUAAAACAAAAAAAUAAACCUAAACCAACAAUCAGUAAAUUAUAUUUUCAUAGAAAAAAUAAUGCCAAAAAUCGUAUAUCUUGGAAACAACUUAGCAAAGGAAAAAAUCCUGUUCUAUGUACACAUGAAGAGCUUAAUAAAAAAAAAUUGCCACUUGAAAUUUUGGACAUAACAUCUAAUAAUGCAUUAAUGUAUAAAUUUCGAUGUAUAGAUUUUUAUGGGGAAAAUAUUGUACAAAAUAAUAUUGAUGGUAUAAAAUUGGAAGAUGGAGCAUAUUUGAUUUUGGAUGAAAAUGGUAAUGCAGGAAUAACAGAAAUUAAAAGAUGUUUUUUGGCAUGUCCAGGUGUAGAUCCUAAUUUACUUUCAUCUGGAUGGGUAGAAAAUCAUUAUAAAUGGAUUGUAUGGAAAUUAGCAUCAAUAGAUAGGAUAAAAUUGGGUUCUGUUAUGUUACCAAAAAUGUUAACUCCUACUAGAGUGGUAAUGGAAUUAAAAUAUCGCUAUGAUAGAGAAAUUGAUAGAUCUGAAAGAUCAGCUUUAAGAAAAAUUUUGGAAAAAGAUGAUGUUGCAACAAAACGAAUGGUUCUAUGUGUGUCAUCUAUUAUUGAGUAUGAUGAUUCUGCUACAAAUAAAAGCCCUAAUCAAUAUAAAAUGUUAUCCAAAAAAUUGAUAUUAACAGAUGGAUGGUAUAGCAUUCAAGCUUCAAUUGAUGAAGCAAUGAUUAAAUAUAUAAUAUCUGGUAAAAUAAAAGAAGGAACAAAAUUAUUAACAUACGGAUCCGAAUUGUUAAACUGUGCUCAAGGAUGUCCACCUUUAGAAAUUCCAGAAAAUGUAUGUUUAAAACUUCAUACAAAUUCAACAAGAAGAGCAAGAUGGGAUGUGAAAUUGGGAUAUAUGAUAUCCCAAGGACCAAUAUGCAUUAAAUUAAAAUCGAUUUUUCCAAAUGGCGGUUUAAUUGGAAAAAUUAAAGUUAUAAUUGCAAGAGUAUAUCCAAUGUUAUAUCAUGAGAAAACUUCAACUGGAGAAUCUAUUUUUCGAAAUAUUAGAUGCGAAGAAAAAGCUAAUAUUAUCUAUGAAAAAAAAUGUCGUUCAAUGAUAGAAACAUUCUAUGCUAAAGCAGAAAAAUAUUUUUAUACCGGAAAAAAUAAAAAUGAUUUAAAUACGGAUAGUAUUGAUUUAGCAACAAUUGAAUGGAAUGAAAAUUGUGAUGGAUUAUCUAAAAAGGAAUUUCUUUCAGAACAAGAAAUUGACCAAAUAAAAAAUGAUUGUCGUAUGAAAGAAGAAAAAUUUAAACAAGAACUAGAAUCUAGAUUACAGGAAAGUUUACCUCCGCCACGACAAGUUACACCUGUUUUGAAAAUUCGCGUGAUUGAAGAAGAAACAAGUGCUAUUCUUUCAGUUUGGUCUCCUAGUGAAGAGGUUUUAGAUAUUCUAAAAGAAGGAAAUUAUGUAUCAGUUUCUACUGUUAUGCCUUCAGCAAAAAGAGGUAAUGAGUUGCAACUAACUACAAAUCGAAAUACAUUAUUCUGCCGAAUAAAUGAUAUCAAUAUAAAUUUUUCUCAAAGAAUAUAUACAGCAUUAUAUGAUAUAAAUAAGCCAAUUUUUACUCCAGCUUAUGGAGAAUUUGAUACAGUAGGAAUUGUUACUUCUAUUGGAAAUGAACCUUAUGGUAUGAAAAAUUUUCAAGCUGUAUAUUUGGCAUAUCCACAUAUGGAUUCUCAAUCUUCAUAUUUAUCAAUAUUGUUUUGGCAUGGAAUAUUUUUUUAUGGAUAUACAGAAAUAUUGACUGUAGGAUCUUUUGUUGCCUGUAGUAAUUUAGAAUGGCGUCGUGCUACGACAUGGGAUAUACCAAUGGCAUAUUGUACAGAACGAAGUACUUUCACGCGCAAUCCUCGACACAGUCAUCUUCAAAAACCUUUUGAAAAUUUAAAACACUUAAUAAAGGAUGCCAAUAUGUAUAUAAAUAGUUGUGCAAAAGAAAUUUCAGAGAAGAUACAAAAAAAACCAAUGACAAGAAUUUCAGAUAAAUUUAUACUGGAUGCAAAUAACCUUGAAAAAAUUGCACCAGGAGAAAAUAUUAAUUCUAAUAAACAAUUUAAUGAUCAUGCUUGUCAAGAAUUUCUAAAAAGAAAUUUAUUGAACGAUCAACCAGCAAAAUCUGUCGCUAUACAAAAAAGACUUGAAAAAUUACAACAUUAUGGUGAACCAUGUAGUCUAUCUCCAAUUAUACUUAAUAAUAGCUCCAAACGAGUAUCAUUAGAAUUCAAAUCUCCUAUGCGACCUGGAAAUGAAAAAUCUACAAAAGCUCAUAUAUCAUUAAAUGCUAAAUUUGAGCAAAAUUCCAGAUGAUAUUGUAUAUUUUAAAUUUAAUUAUAUUUAAAUAUAUAUUAAUUAUGUACAGUAUAUUUUAGAAUAAAUUGUUAAAAUUUUUAAAAAUAUAUAUACUCUA